GUGAAUGCAGACGAAUGGGAAAGAAUUGUUUUCCAAGACUAUUACUGGGAUCGAAACGUAAGGGAAAACUCGUACCGGUGCGAGUUUCAGUACCGGGAAGACUUUUUGAUUUCGUAUCGCGUUUACAUGAUGACUGGGUCAUUUCAUAUCUCGCUAUUUGAAGGUACUCUUCAUGUUGAUAAAAUACAAGUGUGAUUCAAAAUCGCAAACAUUACGCAUGCGCUACCCGUUCCAGUCUACUGGCAGACCGAUUUUCACACCGAAACUUUUGGUCGGUUUGCGUUUACAUUACUACCAUUGCGAGAUUUCGUACCGGAGCGAAAUUCUCUUCCUAGUACAACAACCGGGAUGAGCCCACGCGGGGUGACUCGCGCCGGCAUGACUUUUUGUGGUGGUAUCAUGUAAACAAAUGUAGAGCCAUGAGAGGGAACCGGAGUGAAAUCGCUCUGGUGCGAAAGUCGCCCCGGUGUCAUGUAAACACCUCCUGCAGAUAUUCCAAAUGACCUAGGAGAUUGUUAACUGAGCCAAUUUGCAUUAACACCUCCUGUGCAUAGUUAAUUCAAGCUAGAAACGCUCGGUAAAUGGUACUCGUUUACAAAUAUAUAUGUAUGACCAUGACUCAUUUUUCCUCUGCAAGGCAACCACGGCUGCCCACUCAAGGCUUAAAAAAAGGUGUCUACCAAGGAUAAAAAUAUGAUAGCACAGCGAAAGAGAAGACAAACAAACACAUAAACAAACAGAAAGAAGCACUCACAAAAAAAGAGGAAAAUAUUUUUGUGUUUACUGGUCCGUGUGAGGGUCGAACUCACGACCUUGGCGUUAUCAGCACCACGCUCUGCCGACUGAGCUAACGGACCUAACACAUCAGUCAAAGUCAAACUAUUAGUUUCUUUACCCAUGUGACGUGUAUUCUCGAAGAAAGAGAACAGUAGAGCAAUUUCGCAAAGGCUGUGAGCUUUUCCAAUUGACCAAAAAUAUUCGUAAAUCUAGUUGGAAAUAUCUUUUGGGUAAACAUCUAAUUAUAUUCAUUCUCUCUUGUUAUUUUCUAAGAAUUUUAAAUGCAGCGUGACGGAAAAAUCCUAUGUGAGUUGGGGGAUCGGAGGAGGCUUUGAAUCGAACGAAUUCUCGCAAAAGGUUGACUGGUGACGUAGGGCAAACUUGCCAAGAACGACUGGGACCGAGACUAAUGAAAUAUUUCCUUUUUUUUCGUAUUUUAGCUGAAAGGGAGCAAAAAGCUGAUGAUGAGCAGUCAGUUAUGUCGGUUGAACAUGGCUCCAGAAAACAAUGGCAGAAGGCAACCAAGAGCGUAACGGCUCAAAAACAGGUUAGUCAGUCCAAGCUAGAAAGGUACUCCCAAAGGUAUAGUUUGGAAUCACAGUGCAACUUUUCAAGAAUUCAGGUUCAGUCAGGAAGAUAUCACAUAUUUAAGCCAUGCUGUCUUUUAAGACUUUAUUAAAGGUUGUGCGGCACGCGCGCUAAGCGCACGCGCCACUUCAUUCGCACUCGCAGCACACGCGCUAAAUAGGAAGCUUAAGCAACGACGACGGCGACGGCGACGGAUGAAAACGUCCGCUUGAAAAGUGAAUUCGCGCGCCUCAAACUUUAUCGCGCUUAUUCCAUCUCGUUUAAUUCGUCAAAUGUUGGCAAACUUCUCUGGAGUUGAAUUCUAAAGGAUUGUAUCAAAGUUCAGGAAAAGAAAAACUAAAUUGUUGUUUUGUGUUUCCGUCCUCGACAAAACGUGAAAUUAGGCAUUUUCACGUUGUAGUCUUGCAACGACGGCAAGAAAUGAACAAAAAAAGCGUGAUGCGCAUGCAAAGUUUUUUUUUGCCAAUCUAAACCUAUUGGUUUAUGGCCGUUCUCGUCGCCGUCGACCUCUUCGUUGCUUAAGCUCCCUAAUACGCUGAUUUAGUAACAGAACGGGAACGUCAUUCAACGACUGUAAAGCGCGCGGAAAAGACUAAACUCGACUUCCGGUGCCCAAUUUGUCGCUCUGCCAUUGGUGAAGCCAGUUGUUUGAUUUGCGCGCGCCGUCGUCAACUGAUGUUCCAGUUCUGUUGCUAAAUCAGCCUAAUGAGGGGUUUGUGACGGGAACGCACUAAAACCUGACAAAAUCAUUGUGACACCUCUAGAAUUGAGAUAUGAUCGAUUCCAGAACUAAAAGAACAUAGAGGGAUCACGUUACCGAGCGUAAAGAAACCUUUCUCCAUUUUCUAUGUCACUUCCAAACUUGCAGGCCACUACUUUAUUUGCUAACACAUAGCUAAUGNCAGUUGUUUGAUUUGCGCGCGCCGUCGUCAACUGAUGUUCCAGUUCUGUUGCUAAAUCAGCCUAAUGAGGGGUUUGUGACGGGAACGCACUAAAACCUGACAAAAUCAUUGUGACACCUCUAGAAUUGAGAUAUGAUCGAUUCCAGAACUAAAAGAACAUAGAGGGAUCACGUUACCGAGCGUAAAGAAACCUUUCUCCAUUUUCUAUGUCACUUCCAAACUUGCAGGCCACUACUUUAUUUGCUAACACAUAGCUAAUGAAAAAUCUGUCUUAUUCUUAUGUUUUUUUUUUAUUCCUGGUUAUCUACUAUUGACUCGAAAGACUGUCUUUUUUUUUCUGUUUACUGGUAUUUAACUUUAUUUAAAGGUUAUUGAGCAUAUGUCACGUGACAACGCAGCCCCCAUUAACAGAUUCAAAAUGGCGGCACAUCGGGUUCAGGGCGAGGAAAGACUGUACGCCAAUCAGGCAGGACCCAGUCUCCACGAUGUUGUGCAAAUGGCGCGCGAUGCUAAUGGCAAUGCAGUAGAUGACCAAGACAGGGACUUGGAAGACUUACAUCUCCCUGUUCUACAAAUAGGCUCUCCUUCAAAUCGAUUGAAUUGGGGUGCCUCAGAUUUACAAGAUACACUUCAAAGCAGAAUGCGUGAGAGUACUGAUAUUUUAAUUCGUAAAAUAGCGGAGAUUCAAUAUGAAGAGAAUCUAAGGCAAUCUCAGGAGACAAUCCGCGAGGCACUGGAGCGAGUUAAGAAGGCUCAAGACCGAGCGCAGUAUAUGAAGAGUCUGCGGCGAGAUCUUAAAGAACGCCUUUAUGGAGAGCUUGAGUUUAGGCAAGCCAACGGAAACUUGAAAGUCGAUGAGGGUAGCAAAGAGAAGGAAAAGAGUGAUCAAAAACACAAGCAGAUUUUACAAGAACUCAAAAAGGAAAAAGAAUGGCAGCGAAGAACUGAGGUGAUGAUUUCAAAGCAAGAAGAGAAAAUUGAAGAACUCAGAAAAGAAGUGAAAAUGGAGAUCCGCGGGAUAAUGGAGGAACAGAAUAAACACUACGAGGAAAUGAAACAAAUGCUACAGGAUUCCAAGGCGCUGGUUCCGUUUCAGGGAAGUGAUCAGGCGUAUGGUAGUUUAGAUGGAUCAACACGAUCAAGAUCAAAUCCAGAUGAACAGAUGACACCAAGAAAACGAAGGCGACGCAGAAACAUAAAAACUCCAGUCGAGGAACGUUCUCGGUCAAGCACCCCAGAAUUUUACAUCCAAUAA